GGCAUUCUUGAAGAAAAAAACUUCAAGUAUGUUAUACCGACUCGCCCACGUCAAGCUCCUGCUGCUUAAGGCAUUCGCUGAUGAGGUUUUCAUCAAACAACACAGCACUAGACGUAGGAACCGUCGUGUGCUGCUGACUGAAACCAGCAUUGAAACCUGAAACUUUAUAUAAGAAUCAGAAAUGGGCCGCAAAACAAUCCACGACUGCUUGUACUUCUGCUUGUACAACAACAUGACAUCAAAUUCAAAAGCAACGACAACACCACCACCUCAGAUGACGUCUGACCCAUCUCUAUUCCGUUUUUCUAUCCUUAAUUUAAGGUUUAAAAUACCUAAUUCAAAACUGAAAACCCCGUUUGCUCGCGGUGCCCGAUUAGGGGCAGAUCCCGCACAGUGCUUAUGGAUGCCACAUCGGCAUCGUCAUCGUCCGUACGCCGAACGUUCCGAAGGGCAUUCGGCAAGAGCGACCGGAGGCACCGGCAUGGCCUCGGCCGUGGAGAGCGUGUCCAGCACGCCGGUGGCCAUGUUCCGCAUCGACGGUGAGCGGCUCAAGAACCUGAUCGAGCAGACCGCGCCGAAGUCGGUGCUCAUCUUCGGCACGGGACCCUUCCAGAGACGCGUGCUCGCCGGCACCGUCCUGUGCCUGCUCGUGGUCGCCCUGCACAACACGGUUCUCACGGUGCUCGCUCGACCCGUGGCCCACUGGUGCCGGCGACCCGACGAGCUCCUCGACGUGCCGCUGGACGAGUGGAAGAACGCCAGCCUGCCCCGCCUUCCCGACGGCUCUGCCAGCGAGUGCACGCGCUACGAACCCGCGUUGCCUCCAUUCCCGCCGCAUGACCCGACGUCGGUCAACAGGACCGAGGUGCCCUGCGACGCGUGGGAGUACGACCUGAGCGCCGGAGGACCGACCAUAGAGAGCCAGUGGGACCUGGUGUGCGGCCGGCGCCGGCCCGUCCUGGUGGCGCUGGCCGCGUCGUACCUCCUGGGCGGCGUGGUCGUCAUGCCGAUGGCGGGCCACUACGCCGACCGAGUCGGCCGCCGUCCCGUGCUGUGCGCGGCCGUGGUUGUGCUGGCGCUGUCCAGCCUCGCCACCUGCCUCGCGCGGUCCCUGUACGCGUUCGUCGCGCUGCGCGUGGUCACGGGCGCCGCCUCCAGCGUCGCCGAGGUCACGUCCACGCUCAUCCUCUUCGAGGUGACACCUCGCAGUGGCCGCACGGCGUUCACCACGCUCGCCUUCUGCGGCCUGUCGUUGCUGGGCCCCUUCUGGCUGUCCAUGGCGGCGCGCUUCACCUACGACUGGCGUGCCGUGCAGGCGAGCCUCGCGCUCCCUGCGGCCCUACUGGUGCUGGCCACCUUCUGGAUGGAGGAGUCGCCACGGUGGCUCGUGGUCACGUGGCGCUUCGCCGAGGCCGAGCGCGUCGUCUUCUGGGCGGCGCGCGUGAACGGCCUCAACGUCGACGAGCUGCGACCCCUGUUCGGCGAGGUCGUGGAGAACGUCAAGCACCGGCGCGGCGGCUUCCCGGCGACCCCGCCCGGUCCGCCGCCCUUCUGGGACCUGCUCCGGCGCAGCUGCGUCCGGUCGCGCUCGUUCAUCGCGUUCGGCUGCUGGUUCUUCGCUCUGCAGGGCGCCGUCUGCAUGAGGCCCCGCGGCCGAAUGCGAGGGUUGGGCGAGGUCGAGGUGCUGAUGGCGUACGUCAUGGCGCCGCUCCUGGCUCUCCACUACUGGCUCAUGAAGGCGUGGGGCCGUCGGCGGACGCUGGCGCUCAGCAUGACCCUCGUCUCGCUUCUGACCACGGCGCUGGCGGUGGUGAUAGUGCUGGACCACUGGUUCCUCACCAAGCUCGUCAUGACGGUCGCCAUGCUCGCGCUGCUGUGCGUGCUCGCCACGCUCUUCGUGUACACGGCCGAGGUGUUCCCGACCGUAGUGCGAGGAGCGGGCUACGGGGGCGCCACCGUCUGCGGUCGCCUCGGAGUCCUGGUGGCCGUGGCCGUCCGGUACGCGGUCCGCUUCGACCCUCUGGCGAAGGACGUGUUCGCCCUCCUCCUCGUGUCGCUGGGCACGUUCGCCUUCGGCCUGCUGGCUCUGCUUCUGCCGGAGACGAACGUCCUGAGGGUUCCGGACACCAUCGAAGAGGCCGAGCAGGAGGAGCCCGUCCGCGUGGACUCGCUGCUGCAGAUACUGCUGCGCAGGCGAGCCGGUUACACCUCGCAGACCAAGCUGUGACCGCGAGGCGGCGCUCGCGUCCGAUGCUCCGCAACCUGGGCCGACAGAGACCGCAGCGUCGGGUCGAACUUUCGGAAUGUUUCGGCCUAUGCUUACGCGUGUUACUCUUUACGGGAAUGCCGGCGACGUAGACGCGAGCAGCGGCAAUAGUGGCGCCGUCUUGCGACGUCGAGUGGAAGCAGAACACGUGAAACUGUUAUUGCAGUGGCCGACUAUGUUCGGCGUCUCUCCUGGCGUAAAGAGACGUUUCUUUAUUAAGCGUUCGACGAAUCGUACCGUGUACGUGGUUUUCUUAUGUUCCUGGACGCUUCGGUUUGUGUCGUUCAGUUUUACUUUUUGCCUGUUACUAGCACCUACGUCUUCGCUACCUUGUGUGUUGGAAAACAAAUUAGCGGUUAUUUUUUAUUAGA